GGUGUGUGCGCGCGUCCACUUGGGGCAGACUUAGUACUUCACCAACUGCAAGUAUCUAGCCGGACGCCUAUUUCCAAGUCUCUUAGUCUUUGCUCUAGACCGCCAUGCUGAGUCUUUGGAUCGCUCUCGCCUUUGUCAGCAGGCAUUCGUUGAUCGAUGGAUUGUUGCAACCGAACGACUUCAAACUGCUAAAUCGUGUUGCAGAACCGUUUCCGGAUCCAGAAGCAAGCGUCAGCGUCGUCGAUCUCUCGAGCACCGACUCUUCUUCCGAAUGGCUGACAUCAAACGAAGAAGACGGCACGAAAACGUGGACGUUCGACAUUUCGGAAAGAGGCUGCGGAUCGGCUAGAGUCCAUCUCUCGUCCGUGAACCUAGACAAAGACGACCAGAUUCUCGUCUACGGCAUUCGCGAUAAACGCAAGGUCAGAACACAAACGUUUACACGAACGAUCGGUGACAGGGUGUACACUCGCCGACUAUGGGCGGAAAAAAUCGUCGUGAGACUGCGAAUGCUCAGCAGUCGCUCGAAAUCCUACUUUGUAAUCCGAUACGUUCAGUAUGGCGACUGCAAAACAGAUAACUUAAAUGCCACGAAAGUCAUACCGGGAGUGUGCGGCAAGAAGGAUUGGAAGAACGCCAUCUGUUACAUUCUCGACUACCCGGACACGUACCGUCGCGCCUCGUCGAUCGUACAACUGCAAUUCGUCGUGAAAAAGACGACGUACGUCUGCACGGGCUUCAAGAUCUCCGACGACGGCCGUUUCAUGACCAACUUCCACUGCCUCGGAGACGCGCAGGUCGUCGAGUCGGCGGAGAUCCUCGACCACUACGACUCGAAAUCGUGCAAGGAAGACAAAGGGAGAGCAAGAAGGACAAUGCACGGAGACCGCCUGGUGUGGACGAGUGGAUCACUCGACCUUGAUGCGUCCAUCUUCACUGUGAAAGAAGCUAGAAAGGCUGACUUUGUUCCGUGUGUGUCAUUGACCAGCACGAAUCCACAUUUUGGACAACAAAUCGAUCUCGUCGAGCAUCCUCUCGGACUCAUGAAGAAAAUAACGAUUAAGUCCGACGAGGACGUGAAGGGCGUUUGCACGAUUGAUAAGUACAACGGAUCGUGGGUCUUUCCCAAGUAUUGGUGCUACGAGUGUGACAUGGCUCAAGGCGCUUCUGGCUCGCCCGUCUUUGAUUACAAGUCUGGUCACGUGGUCGGUAUCAACAGCUUUAUUAUCAACGAUUGUCCGAACUUUGGAGCCAAAAUGUCGUACGUCAAAAAGGCGGCAGGUAGCCAUGUGGGCUUUUGUUCUUCAGAAGCGGUGGUCGACGCAGCCGUUCGCUGGUCGGGAGACAGCAGCGUCUACAUCUUUCGCGGCAGCGGUUAUUGGUACUACAACGAAUCCUGCAAGUGUACGAGAGGCGAUCCAUUGUCUAUCACCGAAUAUUGGCCCGGUUUGCCUGACAACCUCGACGCCGCUCUAGUAUGGACAGACGGCAAGACAUACUUUUUUAAAGGAACAAUGUAUUACAGAUACGACGAUGAACAAGAUCGAGUUGAAGACGGCUACCCCAAGAGUAUUACAUCCGGUUGGCCAGGAAUUCCAGACAACAUUGGUGCGGCCAUUGUCUUCGAAAAAAGUAGUAAAGCAUUCUUCUUUAAAGGCACAGAAUUCUGGACAUACGAAAACGAUAGACGUUCAGUAAGGGGCCUCAUCAACUGGGAAACUUGGGAAGGUCUUCCAUCUCAUCUCGACGCUGCUCUCUACUUGUCUAAGUCGAACGUCUAUUUCUUCAAGAAGAAACAGUGUUACAAGUAUGGUGUCGUCCGAGGCCAGUAUCCGCGAGCUACAUGCGAAAAGUUUCGAGGAUUGCCGUGCUCGUAAGCGCACGACGUGCAUGGUCGUGAAUUGUAGCUCUUCUUGGUCGCCGAAUGACGCUGUAGUGACAUUAGAAUUUGUGACGAUUUUCAGAUGCUGUCGUGAGAUUGGCGAUACCGUUUGGUCAAAUCGAUAUUGUUGUGCAUGCGUUGCAGGACCGGAUUCAGAGGGGGUAACAGGGUUGAAACCCCCUCUUUCUCACAAAUGGAGUUAGUCUGCCGUGUGUAUACUAACCCUAGAAACGUCGGUUCGGUUGUAUAGCUGCGACUAUCUCGUUCCGG